AAACGGCCUUUGAAGGUCUGACGUCGGUUUCAGAGUAACUGAGUGCGCUUUUGCUCGUGUCAGACUUUUGCCUGAAAAUGGACUCGACUACACAAUUCUUCAGCAAGCUGAAAAGGCUGGCAGUGACUCUGGAAUCUGAGACUGCCAAGCUCCAGCUCGCAUUUGAAAACCGCAACAGCGGCGACGACGACGACGACAGCGCCAGAGCGAUGCGAGCCUAUCAUGAAGUGAACUGUGACGUAGGGAACCUGAAGGGACAGAUCCAGGAUGCCUUGGUUCAGCAGAAAGCAAAGAAUAAUGAGGCGAGCAGCUUCAUUAAGGCAUGUAGAGUAAUGGAGCAGAAAGUCUUCAAGGACAUCGAGAGGCUGAAGAGACACUGCGAGAACUAUGGUUACCAAGCUCCCUGUGACACCCAGAGAUCAACCAAGCCUAAAGAUCAGGCGGAGGAGGCGAAAGAUGAAGAAGCAGAUGACGACUCGGUAGAAGAGGAAAGUCAGGAGGAGGAGAAUGGAGGGAAUCCUUCCUCAAUGGCUCCAAAACCAGAGCUGCCCAACACUGAUGUGAUGCGAACUCCGCAGCUCUCUGAUUUUGGUUUGUCUGAACUGCACCUAAAGAGAGUUCUGGCUGGGACUGAGUGGUGUUCAGAAGUUCCCCCAAUGCCUGAGAUGAACCUUCCUCACCCCUCGCUCAAAGCAUCUGUACCAUCGCCCAUGCCCAUUACCCCCAAAUGUAACCUGCGAAUGGAUGACUACGAACUCCAAACACCCCAGAUGCAUGACUUUGGCAUCACAGAGCACACAGUGUGUCUGAACAAUGACUUCACCAUGAAUCUGUUCAAGAAGGCUGAGAAGCGCCCAAGACCAUUACAGGACACAACUGAACCACCAGUGAACGCUUUAAUAGACAUUUUGCAGACAAAAGCUGAAAAGUUGGAAUCACCAGAGCCGCCUGUGUUUUGCACUCCGGGAUUCAAGAUCAAAAAGACAAACGGUCACUCCUCUCCAACUGCACAAGAGACUGAUGACCAAGAAUUCCCCUGUCACCCUGGCAACCUACCUGCCACACCCGAAGUCCCAGCAUUUCAAACGCCGUACGUGAACCGACUAGUCAGUACCAAAAAGCAGCCUGAGCCAUCCGUUAUGCAAACGGAUAAUGACACCCAGACCUUGGAUCUUCCAUCCCCACCUUGUAACAGGGCAGCUGGUUUCAAACGCACCUGGGAAUAUGAUGUGCCCGAUAUAUCCACCACAGGUUUAGAGGAGAAGCAGAUGCCAGUGAUGCCCAACCUAGAGUCUGCUUUGGGAAAUUCUUUACAAAGUAGCAAUGGGAAAAUCCUGAAGUUCAGUGAGAAUGAAAAGGUGGCUAAGGAGCCCAAUGUCAACAGCCUGGAGUUGGAUGGACUCACCCAGGAGUUCAGCUUGGGGACACCUCGUAUAAGAGCACACUACCAAGAGCCAACCACCCCGGAGAUGCCAGACCUGAGCUCUGUCACACAGGACAUCUGUAAACUUGUGUCCCAGGCUCAGUUGAAGAAGACAACAAUGACAAAUGAACACCCACCUGUCAAGCCUGACAAAAAGAAACACAGAUCUGCAAGUCUGUCUGAAGUGUCAGAGAACGAGUUCCAGAGUUUACCGAGCUACCUGAGGCAGAUGAGCCUGAACAGCCUCAACCAAACGGUUCACAACAUCAACAAUUUCAUGGCAGAGUAUCAAGGAGAAACAACAGAGUUUCAGAUGGAGAAGCUGAAGAAGAUCAUCAGUGUCGGAACCAAGGCCCCCGUAUACAUCCUCUGUCUCACAGAGCUCAAGAGACUGAAGCAUGUGAGAGGAGACCGGAACACCUCUGUGUACAGACUGAUCACACACAUCUAAAGGUUGUCCAUCCGUUGGCGCAAAUCUAUGUGAUGUUAAGCACUUAAGCUGCAGGCAAAGAUUAUCUAUCAAGUCAAACGGCAAAGAAAAACAUACAUUAUGAGAAGAGUCCCAACAAAUGAACUCAAUCAGAGAAAGCAGCUAUCCUUUAUAUUGUA